CAUUUGCAUGCAUCAGCCAGCCGAAGCCAUAUUCAACGGCAAGCCAGCCAGCCGCUCUCAAACAACUUCCGUCCCGCGGCUUCGAGAUGGCUUCAAAGUCCGUGGCUUCCACCGCUCUCCUCCUCUCCCUCAACCUCCUCUUCUUCACUCUCGUCAGCUCCAGACACGUCCACUGUCCCCCGCCGCCGCCGCCAAAGGCUCCCCUCUGCCCACCUCCUCCUGCGACGGCCACAUGCCCCAGGGACACCCUCAAGCUGGGCGUCUGCGCUAACGUACUGAAGAGCCUCUUGAACAUCGUCGUCGGCACGCCCCCGAAGAUGCCAUGCUGCAGCCUCAUCGAGGGCCUGGUCGAUCUGGAAGCCGCCGUCUGCCUCUGCACCGCCAUCAAAGCCAACGUUCUGGGGAUUAAUCUCAACGUCCCGGUUUCGUUGAGCUUGCUGCUGAAUUACUGCGGCAAGAAGGUCCCAACUGGCUUCCAAUGCGCUUAAUGGAGGAUUUAAUUCUGUCAAUCUUCUUUGUUGAACUCUUAAAUUUUCGGUCGUCUUUACUUCAUUUGUUGAUCCCUGUGAUUGAGGUGUUGUGGAAGAUAUGAAUAAUGGAUCCACUUCUGAUGUGAACGUUUCAAGUUUGAGUUGUUUCUGAAUGCAUCGAGUGUUGAUUUGACGA